GAGCUGCAGCAACAACAAUGUCAUCAAAAACAGGCAUUACAGCGUUGCAUCUGAAAGAAGAAAACAGGCAGGCCCUGCGCAAGACUCGACUCUUUAGACAGCCAUUCACCACGCUACAUCCAACAGCUUUGGAACGAACGACAACGAGUCAUCACAACAAACCAAAACUGAAUCUAUCCCAGGCUUGACUCAGAGAGUGAGUGUCGCCAUUGGUUGAUUGUGCACUCUUGUCAGUUGUCCUGUUUUACUUUGGGUGUCUCUUUAUUUUCGCACGGUGCUAAUUAGGCGUGUGUGAGGACCAUGGAUACCCAAGGCGACACCAAGAGAGCUCUUAGUAGUCGACGCUACACCCGCAAGAGAAAAUCGGAGGAUCAGCGUGCAAGUGGUACCAACAACAAGCCCACCAAAAAGAGACCACCUGCCGCCAGCAAAAAGAAGAACCCCGCGGCUGCAGCUGCAGCUUCGGUGAGCCUUACGGAUACGAGCACUUCUACCUUUGGUGGCCUAAAGGAUUCUGGUAGUAGGGAACGAAAAAGGGAACCAUGGGCUGGUCAGCAGCAACAAUAUAUUCGGGAAGAUGAUCAAAAGCCCCCUCCCAAGAAACGGCUUUGUAGCGGUGGCCAUCCUCCAGAUGAUGAUACUACAUGUAGUUCCUUCCAACCUAUCAAUAAUGAGGCAGCGAACGGCAGUGACAGCAGUGGCUCCAACAGCUCGACACCCAACAUGGACAACAAGUCCACGAAGAAAAAACCAUCGCCAAUGCAAGCCAACCAGCAGCUAGACGAGUACGCUCUGGCCCGCAUUCGUCGAAAGGAUGAUCGCAUGGAACGAGUCCGAGAACGCACCCAGCGCCGUUUUAUCCGGGGGAUGCUCAAGUCGCAGAAGAAAGAGCUCAAGCGAAAGAAUAAAAAGCUCAAGGAAAUCAACCAAGAUCUCAGCCGGCGUUUGGCGCAGGCUCAAGCCUAUCAAAGAAAGCACGAAAAGGAGCUAGAGGAGAAACAGAAAAAGGAGGAUGAAGCCAAGAGAAAACGUCAGGAGAAGAAAGACGCCAAGAGGAAGAAGGCUGCUCCACCGCCACCUCCUGCUGCAUCCAAUGCGACUGUGCCCAACAACAGUAACCAACUCCUUGCGAUGCAACAGCUUGUGUCGCAAAUUGUGAGCGCGCAAACGUCUGGUGGUGGAGGAGGAUUGUUUCCCAACACCAAUCCCUUCUUGGCCAACCCCAUACCCCAGCAACCACCACAGACGGCCCCCAAUCCAAUGCUGCUGCCCCAGCUGCUGCAAAUGCAACAGCAAUUAGCAUCUGCUCCACAGCCUGCUCCAGCCGCAGUUCACCCCACUUAUAAUAAUAAUGUGGGACACCAGCAGCCAAUGCCUCCUCUUGCCAGUUUGAUGGCUGCUGCACAAGUGUUAAUGCAACAGCAACAGCAACAAUCCUUGCCAUCGGCACCGGUACAGCAGCAGCAACCCCAAGUCUAUCAGCCUGUUCCAAACCAGCAGCAACCUCCAAUGAUGUUCACAGCAUCCAAUAAUUCCAUUGCUGGUCCAGCCACUGCCACCCCUUUUGGCCAAGGGUACAUCCCACAAUACAACAGCACAAACCUGCAGCCAACACCACAACCGCAACCAUUGCAACAGCAACCAUUGCAGCAACAACCACCGUCGCUACCCAUCAAUCGUACUCUCUUUCAAGAGCAGCAACAAGGGACUCCCAUGAUGGGAUCUUGCUUGAAUCCAACACCCGCACCAGCCACAAGUCAGUGGGCAGCUGUAGCCAUGCCUCCUCCACAACCAGCGGCAUAUCCUGUGACUGUCCAACAACCAGUACAAACACAGCAGCAACAGCAGCAACAACACCAAGCCGUAUUGGACAACUUUCUGCGUCUGUUUCAAAACCAGAAUCUUCCACCUGGCAGUGGGAACGUCUAGCUAGCUAGCUAGCUAGCUACUGGCCAGCGUUAGUGGUCCGCCUUUUAUCUUCUGUUUUGGACCAAGAACGAAGCAUGCUGUGUUACCGAUCAUGUCCGCAAAAAGUGUACCCAGUGCACCCCGUCUUUUUUAAUGGACCGGGAACUACUGUACUGCUAUUGCUAUAAUAUUGAUGUUAAGGUUACUGAUUUGGAUUUGGAUUGAAGACGUAUCAAGACUGUAAUUGUGUGUUUCGUUCGUUGAGCAUGCAUGGUAUGGUCACUGAUGAGGCAGUCCAUUCAUUACUCGAUCAAAACCCAUUUAUCAGACGUUUACAGUUGCUAUGGUACUCAAAGCUUGCACCUAUGCAGAACACAGAUUCGAUUUCAUUCCCCUCAAAACACUCGGGAUCAAAGCCACUGCAACCCGAAUGUGUUUAUUUUUGUCUCAGCAUGCCCAAAUCUGAUGAGCUCCAAAACAACGAACGAAUGAUAUCGAAUCUGCAAGAGUUCCUUUGGGUGUCUCUGUCUGUCUAUCUAUCCACCAUUUUAUAUCUUCAAACUAGCUAGACUACAAUCCAAACCACUCCCACCCCUCUCUGAUUGCAAAAUCUCCAUAAUCCAGGAGCAGUUCCUCCCCGACUUGGAUAUCCUUGAGAGCAAAGUAAUUCUGUUGGCAUCCUCCUUUGUGCUCCAACGCUGCUUGUUCAUGACAUCCUAAAUUGGGCUCUUCGUCUUCUUCCGUCACUGUAUUGAUGAAGGAUCCCGCAUCCAGAUCGACGCUGACCAACGGUUUGUCGACUUCUGCCGAUUGGUCGGAAAUGGAUUGCACAUACGCCCACUGGAGGACAUCACACGCAAAGUCUUGUCGUAUUUUUGCCAAAAAGGCUCGAUACUCACUGCCUUUUUCAAAUCGUGCCGUCAUGCUGGUGGACCACACCAGUUGUCCCUUUGGGACGGGUGCCGUCGUCACAAACACCCCGCGACCCUUCUCAUCACCGGCCGAUCGCGCUUGGACGGGAACGGCAAAACCAUCUCCAUCCUUGUCGGCAAUCCUAUUGGAUCGUUCCAAACCCACCACGGCGGCAUACGCAUGGCGCAUCGAUUUCCAAUCGGUUUCAGAAUGGACCGGUCGUGGCCGGCUAAAGAUAAAGGAGCAAUCAAAGUAGUGCCACAUGUCUCCGACGAUCAUGUCGUCAUACUCGGGAUCUUCUUCGUCGUCAUACGGUUCUUCUUCAUCUUCUUCUUCGCUGACAUAGUAGUCGUCACCGUACCGAUCUUCGCCAUGAACGUUCCAACAGAGGAGUGAAAACAAGACAGCAAACAACAACAACAGCACUCCUGCUCUUCUUCUUUUUCGGCAACUGCAAGUCAACAACACCACCAUGGUCUGCUACUGCUACUUGGCAUCUAUUUGUUCCAUGGUGAAACGGGGUGUUCACUUUCUGGGUUUGUGCGUUGAGGGGAGAAAAAGCCUUAACCCUUAGUUUGCAC